AUAAUGUUUUGCUAAUGUGUAAUGACUGUUCAUAACCUUUUCAUUGAAAAUAAUGAUAUCUUUACAGAAAUUACAAUUGAUGUGUAGAAGGAUAACCAAAACAGUAAUGCAAUGAAACUUGUAUACAAAAAUGUAGACAAAGAUGGACAAGGGACUGUGGGUUUAAUUCCAGAAGAACCUGAGGAUAUGUGGCAUGCUUACAACCUCAUUUCCGAAGGUGAUUCUGUUCGCAGUUCAACAAUUCGAAAAGUUCAGUCUGAAUCUUCAACAGGGUCUUCCACAUCAAGUAGAGUUAGAACCACAUUAACCAUUAGUGUAGAAAAUAUUGAUUUCGAUACACAGGCAUGUGUUUUAAGACUUAAAGGAAGAAACAUUGAAGAAAAUCAAUAUGUUAAGAUGGGAGCUUAUCACACAUUAGAUUUGGAAUUGAAUCGAAAGUUUUCAUUACGUAAGCAAGAAUGGGAUUCAGUAUCUUUAGAGCGAAUAGAUGUAGCUUGUGACCCUAGUAAAUCUGCUGAUGUAGCUGCUGUUAUAAUGCAAGAGGGGCUUGCUUUUGUUUGUCUUAUUACAUCAAGUAUGACAUUAGUUCGAGCUAAAAUUGAUGUCACUAUUCCUAGAAAAAGAAAAGGAUUUAUUCAACAACAUGAAAAAGGAUUGCAAAAAUUUUAUGAUAAUGUAAUGCAGGCAAUAAUACGUCAUAUAGAUUUUGAUAUUGUGAAAUGUAUAAUAAUAGCUUCACCUGGCUUUGUAAAAGACCAGUUUUUUGAGUACAUGAUUCAAACUGCAAUUAAAACAGAUAAUAAACUUCUUUUGGAAAAUAAAUCUAAGUUUGUACUAGCCCACUCAUCAUCAGGAUUUAAGCAUGCACUUAAAGAAGUUCUUCAAGAUCCCGCAGUUACUUCUAAAAUGGCAGAUACCAAAGCUGCUUCAGAAGUAAAAGCACUAGAACAAUUCUACAAUACAUUACAGACUGAGCCUGCAAAAGCAUUUUAUGGGAAAAAACAUGUUGAAAAGGCAUGUGAAGCACAAGCUAUAGAAACUCUCCUUAUAUCCGAUAAUUUGUUCAGAUGCCAAGAUGUGCGACAGAGGAAAGAAUAUGUUAGGCUUGUUGAUACCGUAAGAGAAAUGGGAGGAGAAGUUAGAAUAUUUUCUAGUAUGCACAUCUCGGGAGAACAGUUAGACCAGCUAACGGGCGUUGCAGCCAUUUUACGUUUCCCAAUGCCGGAACUAGAGGAAGACGACAGCGAGGAUGAACUUGAAGAAGACUAAUCCAUUUUUUUACUUUGUAAUUUUAUAUAACUAAAAACAAUUCGGGAAAAUAAAUUGGAUUGUAGGGCAUUUGUUAAUAUUAAACUUUGUGGUGUUAAGUAUCUGUCCUAGCUUCCUAAUAAAUUAUUUGAAACAUG